AUGAUUACUAGGUGCAAGAAAUCGAUCUUUCAUGGGGCAAAAGGUAUCUUCCUUUUGUUCCUGAUCCUUGCUGCCAGUGCAACUCUUGUAGUUGCAAGUAGGGUUUCUAAUCUCAUGAAGCCAAAAAUUGGACCAAAUGACAAGAAUUUUCCACAAAACAACCGUCCUAUUGAACCAUCUGGUCCUAAUCCUUGUAGUUACCUGCCAGGACCAGGGCAUUGCAAAUCUCCAAGUGAUGCUUCAUCUUCCAUUCAGCAUGUACCGUCACACAAGACAUUUAGGAUCAAGAAAAAACUAGCAAAGAAGAUGAGGCAAAACAGGCCUAUCCCUAAUUGGAUUCGCAUGAGAACUGACAACACUAUCAGAUACAACGCCAAGCGCAGGCACUGGAGAAGGACUAAGCUUGGGUUCUAA